AUUGAAUUUUUUUCUUAAAAAAAAUGGCCACCGUCUAGAAGUCCUACUUCCACGUGCCGGUUCUUCCAGUCUCAGCCGCCACUAAAUUCUCAAACUUUAGUCAACAAUUAAUUGCUUCUUAAAACCUCGUCUUCCAACAUUUUCGCUCAACACACUACCCAAAUCACAAUCACAUUCAAAUGUACCGGUUCAAGAAUCUGACCCGGUUCACCCACCGAACCGCCACCAAAUUCACACCAACUCCGUUCUCUCUCCGCCACCUCGCCACCGCCGGCGAUGCGGUGGCUCCACCGACAGCCGGACUUGGGCCCACCAAGAAACCGGACAAGCCCAGAGUGGUGGUUCUGGGCUCCGGUUGGGCCGGUUGUCGGUUGAUGAAAGGGAUUGAUACAAGUAUAUACGACGUCGUUUGUGUGUCUCCAAGGAAUCAUAUGGUUUUUACUCCUUUGUUAGCUUCUACUUGUGUUGGUACUCUUGAAUUCCGGUCUGUUGCUGAGCCGAUUGGUCGGAUUCAACCGGCGAUUUCUCAUGAACCCGGUUCUUUUUUCUUUUUGGCGAAUUGUGUUGGGCUUGAUUCCAAGAAUCAUGAGGUGCAUUGCCAAACAAUAACAGAUGGAUUACAGACACUAGACCCAUGGGAUUUCAAGAUUUCAUAUGACAAACUAGUGAUUGCUUCGGGAGCUGAAGCUUCAACGUUUGGAAUCAAGGGUGUAAAAGAACACGCGAUUUUCCUUCGCGAGGUGCACCACGCUCAAGAAAUCAGAAGAAAACUGCUUCUCAACUUGAUGCUCUCUGAUGUGCCUGGCGUUUCUGAAGAAGAAAAGCGUAGACUUUUGCAUUGUGUGGUUGUUGGUGGGGGUCCUACGGGAGUUGAGUUCAGUGGCGAGCUUAGUGAUUUCAUCAUGAGAGAUGUUCAUCAAAGAUACACUCAUGUACAAGAUUACAUUCAUGUUACCUUAAUCGAGGCUAAUGAUAUCUUAUCUUCAUUUGAUGACCGCCUUCGGGUAUAUGCUACUACUCAAUUGACCAAGUCGGGAGUUCGUCUAGUUCGUGGAACUGUAAAGGAUGUUCAACCUAAAAAGAUAGUUCUGAGUGACGGGACUGAUGUUCCAUACGGAUUAUUGGUAUGGUCUACUGGGGUGGGCCCCUCGGCUUUCGUUCGAAACAUAGAUCUCCCAAAGGCUCCAGGUGGAAGGAUCGGGGUUGAUGAUUGGUUAAGGGUACCAUCCACACCCGACAUUUUUGCAAUCGGGGAUUGUAGUGGGUACCUCGAGAGUACCGGGAAACCAACACUUCCCGCUUUGGCCCAAGUGGCGGAGAGAGAGGGGAAGUACCUAGCGCAACUUCUAAACAAGAUCGGUAAAGAGGGUGGUGGAUACGCUAAUGGUGGCGGUGAUAUGGAACUCGGGGCCCCUUUUGUAUAUAAGCAUCUUGGAAGUAUGGCUACUGUUGGUAGUUAUAAGGCUCUAGUGGAUCUCAGGCAAAGCAAGGAAGCGAAAGGUUUGUCGAUUGCGGGAUUCACUUCUUGGUUCAUUUGGCGUUCCGCUUAUCUCACACGCGUUGUAAGCUGGAGGAAUAGGUUUUACGUGGCAAUAAACUGGUUAACAACAUUUGUGUUUGGUCGAGAUAUAAGCCGAAUAUGAGCAUUGUCACGAAUUGUACGUCUAUCGUUUGCGUAAUCGUCAAAUACACGGAAUUCAAAAAUAUGUACUAAUAAUGUUAGAACAUACGAUUGUAGAUUGUAUACGUUAUUGUUAUAUAUUAUCUUAGUGAAUUGUAUUUUACGUCCUUUGUGUUUUAA